AUGAAAACUCCUUUGGAUACUUCCUACGACCAUUUAAUUGAAUCCCCAAAAUAUUAUUUUCAUCCAGACAUGGUUUUUCGCACUCCUUUGCGUGAUGUAAAUCCUGGUGCUCAAAUUUUGUUAUGGAUUGAUUUAACAAAUUCUACUAGUUUUUAUCAACCUAGCGAGAUUCCACCUCCCUGUAAAUAUGAGAAAAUUAAAAUGGUUGGUCAUGGAGAAGCACCUACUGUUGAACAAACUGAUAGGUUUAUUGGAAUUGAACAUCCAAAUGAUAUUGUUGUUGUUCACUGCACACAUGGAUUUAAUCGUACUGGUUUUUUAAUUGCUUCAUAUUUAUUUAAACGAGAUGGAUUAAGUAUUGAAAUGGCAGUUCAAGAAUUUGCUUCUUGUCGACCUAUGGGGAUUUACAAACAAUUAUAUUUGGAUGAAUUACAUCAAAGAUUUGGGGAUGAAGAUGAUGAAAAAAUUGAAUCUCAUGGUCGUCCUCUAUGGGAAAAUGGGCCUUUAUCAAAUGAGGAAUUUACAAUGGAUGGAAUUUUUACAAUUGGGGAGGAAAAGGAAUUAAAUAAUAAUGGACAUCAACAACAAAAUGAUUUAACAGUUUCUCCAAGCACUUCAAAUUUAAAUAUUGACAAUUUAGUAUUUAAUUCUAAUUCUUCUUCUUCAGGUAAAAAAGCAAAAACAGCCCCUUUAUUUAUGGAUGGAAGAGUACCCAAUGUAAAUUUUGUUGAUGAUCCUGAUUUACGUAAAAGUGUUCAAAAUCAGGCUAUCAAUUAUUGUGGAUAUAAAGGGAAAGGAUUUCCUGGAAGUCAACCAGUUUCAUUGGAAGGUCCAUAUGGUACUAAUAAUAUUCAAUUUCUUGCUAUGGAACCUUAUAUGGUUUCAUGGAAGGCUGAUGGUGUUAGAUAUUUGGUACUUAUUGAUGGACCUAAUCGUGUAUUUGCUUUUGAUCGUGAUAACAAUCCUUUUCAAAUAAAUAAUGUUACUUUUUUCAAUGCAAAAGCAAAAUGUCUUUCACAUUUAAAAUGCCCAAUUUCUGAUGAUGAUUAUUUAAAAGAAACUCUUGUUGAUGCAGAAAUGGUUAUUGAUACAUUUGAAGGGAAAGAAAUACCUCGUUUACUUAUUUACGAUUUAAUUUAUUUUAAUAAUUUUAAUAUGAAGAAAGAAAAAUUCAGUGUCCGAUUUGAAGCAAUUGAAAAAGAAUUAAUUAGCCCGCGAAUAGAAGCUUUUAAGGCUGGUAUAAUUAAUAGAAAUUCUGAGCCUAUAGGUGUUCGCAGAAAAAGUUUUUGGCCUAUCGAAUCGACUUAUAAAUUAUUUCAACCUGGAUUUUUGGGAGCAGUGACCAGUUGCCAUGAAAUUGAUGGAAUUGUAUUUCAGCCAGUUAAUCGACAUUAUGAAUCUGGUCGUUUUAAUUAUUUAUUGAAAUGGAAACCACCAGAAUUAUCAACAAUUGAUUUUCGUUUAGAAAUUAAAAAGAUUCAGCGUCCUGGAGAAUUAACUCAAUGGGUUGGGGAUUUACACGUUUUACAUUUGGAUAGACCUUUUGGACGUUUACUUAAAGUAACUAAUCAAAUGAGGCAAUAUGACAAGAAAAUUAUUGAAUGCAAAUUUGUGAGAGAUAAAGGUGUUUGUGGUUGGGAAUUUAUGCGUGAACGUACAGAUAAAAGCCAUCCAAAUGCUCUUUCAACAGCAGAAUCUGUUUUAAAUACAAUAAAAUACCCAAUUAAUAGAGAUAAUAUUUUAAAUUUUAUUCAUUCUUUUAUUACAAAAAAGAGACAGGAACAACAACAAAAACAUGAAAAUGUUCAUUAA